AGAAAACUACUCAUAAAAAUGAUUUCUACUACCACUAUUCUAUCUUGAGACCACUACUCGACCUUAAAGAUCGUACUCUAGGGGAUAAGGGACGGAGUUUAUAUUCAGAAAAAAAAAAAAAAGUACAAUUUUUAUUCUUAAAGUGAGCUGGAAAUAUCAAGCUAAGUUUGUUCUUUUCUACGGAUUUAUUCCCGGUUCAAAUUGUGUAAAGUUUUGAUUUGGAAGGAAUCCGUCUUGUAGAUUGUAGAUCCUCAUGGUUGACUCCCUCUAUGUCUGGGAUAAGGCCAGCCGAGAUCUGUGCUUUCUUGGCUUCUGAACUAUGCUUGUCGAGUGCCGUGGGCAUGCUCGCGCAUUAUGUCGAAUUAGCGUAGCUGAGCUGAGGCGAGUCGCGCCCCCUGCCUUCUCUCUCCUCAUGGUCGUUUCCCUUCUCCUUGCGGACGGUCUACUUCCAGUGCUGGCCGUCAAGUACCGAACAGAGGCGGCGCUCUACAGCAGCAGCGUCACGGCGCGCAGCAACACCUUCAUCGGAGGCGAGUGGUCGGCCCAUGCUAUGGCGGCGGUCGGAGGAAGGACUUUGAGUAACCACAAAAGGACUCGGGUGAAAUCGUACGAGCCGAACGAGGCGGGGGGAGGCGCGGAAGUCAAAGCCAAGCACCACGGUCACGACGCCAAGCAAACCUCACAAUCCAACGUCUCCUCCUCCACGACGUCGACGCCUCGCGCGAAGUCGUCGUCGCCGUCACCCUCUACGCCGCAUCCCAUCGUCUGCAGCAACAACAGCACCACAAACAAACGCGCUCCCAGGAAUUCAGGCGACACCUCCCGGGAGCAAAGCCCCGGCGUCUGCCAGAACACACAACUUCAGAUCUUCCAUUCCCCGGAGGCUACACGCCCAGGGGAAGAGAAAUGCCGCUCCCUGAAAAGGGACACGGUGGCUUCCUUCUGCUCCGAGCCCAGUGAGUCGUGGAGGCUGCUCUUCUGUGACUCUUACACGGCCAUCUCCGUCUACAACCGGUCCGCCAACUGCAAUGAAUCCCUCCAUGCAGCUCUGGAUCAGGAGGAGAAAGCGAAGGAUAUGUAUAAGCACUUUAGUGGUUUAAUGAGUCGCGUUAACUGCAGAACUAAUUACUCAGCCAAGUGGAACUGCAAACAUUGUGAGAAUGCGUACAAGGACUGGCUGUGUUCUACUCAACUCCACUACUUCCAGGCCAAUCAGCGAUGGCCUCCGUGUUCUCAGUUUUGUGAAAGCGUGGAGGAGAGAUGUCCGUUUUUUCGUCCUAACGUCACGACCCAGGCAGGUGAUCCAAGUUUUAUAUGCAAAGACCAUCAUAUGAAUCUUCCCAAUAUCUAUUUGGACAAAGACUGUUACCGGCCGUGCCAUCUCUGGUGGGGAACUGAGGAGUUAGAGAAACGGUACUGCAAUAGUUUCCUUCUGCCCAACUCUUCCUGUUCAUUGCGCACGGACUGCAAAAGUCCCAAUGAGACAUUCACCGCCGCCCCUGUCACCGACGAGGCCAUCACCACGGGCGCCUCCACCACAACCUCCAUCAUUCGCAGCGCCAAACCAUCCAACAGCAGCCUCCAUGGGCAGAAUGCCACGUCCGCCGGCAGAAGCUCGGGCGCCUCGGCCACGCCGUGGACCCGCCACCGAACGCACAGCUCUCCCCUCUUAGGGGACGCCCUUCUACGGCUCUUCUUGACAUUGUUUUUAUCGUUUUCUCAUUUCCGGUACCUCAUUACAGAGCUGACGUAGUAUUCAUUCUUCUUCCUAGAGCCAUCUCCAACUGCCCCCCUCUCCCCAUAUAUAUCCUCUUCAUUUCUAAAUCAUGGCAUCGCCCCUGCCUCCAUCUCCUCUCUACGCCUAUGAAUGUUUACCACACACGCACCAAGAUUUAUUUUUUUUAAAAGGGACAAUGACGAAAAUUUCAACAGUCGAGUCUGUGACCAGGUGUUCAAUAUACAGUGUCCCCUGUGAAAGGGCUAAAGCAUUGAACCCAGACCCCUUAAGAGUGGGCUGACCUCAAUAAUCUACCAGUGUUCUUGCCGCAAUUUUCUCCUACUUAAUAAGCAGGUCAUCUUGUAAUGUCACCACUGAUCAGUUAGUCCAUUUUUUUUAAAAAUAGUUUCAUAUAUUUAUAUUUUUAUUGUCUAUUCUCUUCGGGGCUGAAACCAUACCAUAUAAUAUUUACUUAUUAUUAAGUUGCUGACCUGUAGAAAUAUUUGUUCAAUCUAUGUACAUAAUUAGGAUGGCCUGUAAAAAAAAAAAAAUAGGAGAUAAUUUAAACCUAUAAUUUUGUUAUACUUUUGAUCACAUUAUGUCCCUUUAAAAAUUGAAUUUUAAAUUCUUGUAACAAUUUUUUAUUAGAAUUAAAUCCAAAAAUAGUAAAGUAUUUGGGUGUAUCCGGUGUAUAGACUAUUGAUCAACUUUUAUACAUUUUUAAAGUCAUGUAAUAGUUUUAGUGCAUCUUUCAGCAUUGUACAAUCAAAUAACAAUUUUAAUGUAAGAAGAGUGGAAAUUAAUGUGAAUAACUUUACCAUGGAACCUUAUAGUAGGAAUCAGCCAAUGAAAUUAAGGUACUUUUAAAUUUAAGGCUAGUCAAAUAUUAAACAGGAUAAUCCUGGAUUUUUAUUUUUAUUUUGGCGCCAAAAGCUCAAAAUCUGGCAAACUCUUUUUAAGUUCAAAUACCAGUCUUUAUGGAUUAGAAGGAUAGAAAGAUUAUAAGGGGAUUGGUCUAAGUCAAUGUUUCCCAAAAUUUUUUCCUUAACGGAACACUUAGCACAUUCUGAGUAGUUAGCGGAAAACUUUGCUUAUUUUUGAGAUAGAUUAAUUCACGUGGUGGCCUACUAGUUAAUUAUUUCAGUAGUUCGUGGAACCCCCAUUAAGGCCUCGAGGAACACUAGGGUUACGAGGAACACAGUUUGGGAAGCACUGGUCCAAUUUAUCCAAUCUAACCUUCUGAAUACCCACUCUUCUUAAGAAGGGCAAACAAAGUUCAUGGCUAGAAUUCCCCUUUUCAUACCUUGCGAUCCCUGGGGUAGAUGUUUCUUUGUCAGUUACUAAUUAAAGGUGGGUAGAUUUAGGAGCGUCCUAUUAAUCGCGAAGUUCAAAAAUCCAUUCUUUAGAGUGAUUCGAACCUGUGACUCCUCGGUGUAUGCCAAGAGCCUUAGCUUUCAGUCAUCGUGUCCCAGAAGCUAAAGACAUUGCGGAAAAAACAAAAAGCCCAUUAAGGCAUUCUGGGCUUUAUGAUCUGCCAUUCUAGAUGUCAAUUUACAUCUGUUUAACAAACAAAAAGCCCAUGGUCUCAUGGCAUUCUGGGCUUUAUGACUGCCAUUCUAUAUGUCAAUUUACAUUUAUUUGAAUUUUUUUUUUAACAAGGGAAGUUAAAUAAAUUAAUGUAGUGUUUUUUUUUAGUCUAACGAAUGACAAUAAAGUACCUGGCAUCUGUAGAUAUUGACCUACUUCUUCCUCGUCUCUAGAACUAUAAAUAAAUAUCAAGCAAGGCAAAUGAAUAACAACUAGUCACUUGCAUAUAGAAGCAAAUAUUCGUAGUCCGUUUCCCAUUGAAACAAUAUCUUCUUAACAAUGGACCUCAUUCACCAAUCGUAAACAAACAAAAUUUAACCACGUGAUUCUCUAUCUCUUCUAUACAAAUUACGUUAUACACACAGGUUGUCAAGUGACAGUUUUUUUCGCUGUGGCUAAAUGUUGUUUGUUUACGACUGGUGAAUGAGGUCCAUUUGUAUUUAAACCGCAAAGGCAGCAUUGAAAUUCAAAUGAAUAUAUCCUACCUUCUACAAUGAGCCCUAAAAGAAGAACAGAAUAUUUAUUUAAAAAAAAAAUGGUGAUUAAUUAUACAGAGAAGUGGCCUGAUGGGGUGGCGAGUGGGGGCAACCGUCCAAGCCCCCUGCGUCCUGGGAGGGGGGGGGGAGCACAAUAAUGAGAAUCUUUUGUCCCCGUCAGCCUAUCGUACAAUGUUCAUGGCCCUGAUACGACGCCUCUGUUAUAUAAAUAUAAGGCAUACAAAAUAAGCAAAACAUACAUUAAAAUCUAGCUAGAUUUUUUUUCCGGACCAUCCUAAUAUUUGUAUACAUGUAUAAGGUCAGUAGCUUAGCUCCAUAUUACGUUGUUAAAAAGUCUCUCUUUUCUCCCGAAGCUAAACUCAUACUAAACAACAUACUGUAUAUACAUCAUACAUACUGACAAAGUCUGGAUCAGCCUGACGUGUUUGUCCCUUCUAGCAUAGUAAAUACCUGGUAUAUAUAAUUGUAUACAUGCCUCGAAAUAGACCUCUGAGUUUACUUACAUAUAGGAGGUUUGUAUAACAGUUGCUAUACUAUAAACUCUCUGUUGAUUAUAGUCAUUGUAUUGUUUCGAACUAUUGGUUUCUAUUUGGGUUUUUUUUUCGUUUCUAAUCUUCCACAUUGUACAGCCGGCUGGUUUCUAUACAUAUAUUAUAAUUAUUAUUAUCAUUAUUAUUGUUAUUAUUGUGAUACUUGAAAACUUGCUGGAUUUUUUUUAUAUAAUAUUAUUAUUAUUAUUAAUGACUAGAUGAUUGUGGCAGUAUAAGAUUGAGGAAUGAUUGAGAGAAUGGGAAAGCUGUUCGAGAGUGUGUCUGUCAAAGUGUUUUUUUUUUAAUUAUUUUUUUUUUUAUUUAUUUAUUUUUUAUUGUGGAAAUGUAGGUCGGCUUGUCUUGGUGUCUUCUAGGAUUGUUUGAUAUAUCCUUCAAAAUGCUGAAUACUAAAUCCGAGUGUAAAGUCGUUGUUUAUGAAAUAGUAUAGACAAGAUGUGACCUGAACAUAUUACAGACAAAUGGUGUAUUUUUUUUAAUGUGUAUAACUAUAUCAUUUAAAAAGAAUUUUUUGAAAUUGAUUUUGUCAGAAUAACUAAUUAGCUAGUCACCAUGUUUCCAUUGAAUAGGCUGCAAAUAAAUUGUAUUACUAGAUCUUGAAAUUAUUAUUUUUUUUCAUAAUUCACAUUUUGUUUUCUUGCUACUAUUUUUACUCCACUGAAAAAACAUUCAAAGUUUAUCUGCAUUCAUUUGGGAAAUAGUCAAAUAAUACAGAUCGUUAUAAUAUCUCUCUACAUGAACAGAUGUACACCGCCAGGAGAUUCAAAUAUAACACUGAAUCCCUAAAACAAGUCACUUCUUCAACUUGGCUGCCAAUGUAAAUCUGUAUUGCCAUGCCCCAAACAGUCAGCCAAGAUAUUUACAUACAGUUAGGCAUGGUAUUAAGUCAAGACAAGAUAUUUACAUACAGUUAGGCCUGUUAUUAAAUAUUUACCUACAGUUGGGCGUGGUAUUAAGUCAGCCAAGAUAUUUACAUACAGUUAGGCAUGGUAUUAAAUCAACAAGAUAUUUACCUACAGUUAGGCGUGAUAUUAAGUCAGCCAAGAUAUUUACAUACAGUUAGGCAUGUUAUUAAGUCAACAAGAUAUUUACAUACAGUUAGGCAUGGCAUUAAGUCAACCAGAUAUUUACCUACAGUUAGGCAUGUUAUUAAGUCAAGCAAGAUAUUUACAUAAAAUUAGACAAAAUACUGCUUAUAGUCAGGCUAGAUAUUGACAUAAAGUCUACCGUAAUGUUUACCUAAAAUCAUAAAGUUAGGCACGCUAUUAUAUUAUGUCAAACAAGAUAAAAAUACAUAGUUAGACAAGAUACUAUUUAAAGUCAGGUUAGAUAUUUACAUAAAGUUAAUCAUAAUAUUUACCUAAAAUCAAGCAUUAUUUACACAUAUAGUUAAGCAAGAUUUUAUUACUAACAUGUACAUACGAUAAAUUUUAUUUCUAUUUUUUAUUUAAAAAUACCAAAUAAAAUGAGCACUGCAAUAACUACGUUACUCAGAUGUCUAUACAUCCUUUAAGGUACUUAGGGCAUUACAAUGGUUAGGUGUCUUUGAAAAUAACACUUCACGAGACCUACUGUUGUUACAAUACUUGUUUACUUCAAAGACAUUGCGACUUCCGUUCUCAGUGUGACAAGUGAAAUAGCAGGCAAUGAAUAUCAGUCCUUUCAUUUCAAUCUACAUGUCGACUUAUCCCUUUGCUGGCGUUACAUGCAGGCUAUUAAUUCUAAAGGUGUGCAUGUUUAUUCAUAUAUCGUUUAUACGUUCCAUUAAGAUUUAACUAAUUAUUAAGUACAAAUAAUUACUAGCACAAAAUGAUACCUCCUUUUUUAUGAUAAGCACCUGAAUGCACUUGCGAUUGUAGUCACUUUUUUAAAACAAAACGAGGCGUGCUGUACAUAGUAAAAGGUUUUCUAGGUAUUUCUAUUUUAGACUACAAUGUAAUGUACUAGGUCUGUCUUUGUCCACACUUUGAAGUCGCUGGCUUUGGAUAAACUGUGAUUCUUUUUAUUUCCAAAGUCAUAUACAAUCUCUCAAUCUCUACUUGGGAAAAUAAAACAAUUUGUACUGACCGUUUUAAAAUUACAAAUGUAUCAUUUUUGUUAACCAAGGGAGAUAAUCAAAACAUUUCGUUUACAGCUACGAAGUUACGGAUAAUGUCGAAAUGCGGUUAAAAAAAAUUAAUUAAAUAAUAAAUAAAAAACUCAACGAUUGAAGAAAAAAAAAGAAUUUAUUUGGUCACACAUAUAUAUUAUAUCUCAUGUAUAGACAGACUUAUAGAUAAUGGGGUCUUUAAAACUCAAUUUCUUUACUCUCUAACGUUGGGAGUGAUUUAAUUCAUCAAUGGUUGCCACGGUUGGCAAUGUCAAAUCUCCCCUACUUAAGUAACGCUAUGAAACAGAGCACUAGAUUAUUUAAUUUAAUUAAACAAGACACCGUCUCCAUGUUUCUAUUAUUUAUAGUUUUAAUAAUUAUACUCCGUAGGUUAGGAAAUGAUUUUUUCCAAAGUAAAUUUACCCUUUCAGACCAUGCGGUCUGAUGUUAAGGUCAUCUGUUUCUUUGGCCAACGGUUAACGAGAAGGGUGUCAUGUGACUAGCACAUAGACGAACGCCUUUACUUUCCCCAACUAAAGGCAGGUACCCAUGUAGAGUUGGGUGGGCUCAGUCCUCAGGGGCGCCCUAAAGAUCCCGAUGUUCAAAAUCCCUGUCUUUACCGAGAUUCGAACCCAGGACCCAGGUUCUGAAGCCAAGCGCUUAAUAACCAUUCAGCCUUAAAACUGGCGCACCAACAACCAAUUAAAGUUUGUAUGAAGACAGGGGUGAUUAACAAAUGUCUAGAACAUUCUGAAUUGAUGAUUUAAUCCUGCUUUAUCUCCCUUAAGCAUCAUCAUCUGUCUCUUGACUAUCGUCAUAGGGGUACUGGUUAGUUCGCGUAACCAGAUCCCUUCACUUUUCCCGGUCAGCAGCUGUUCUUUGCAGGAUAUCAAGAGAAGGGCCAGUCCAUUCUUUUACGUUGUCCAGCUGGCUUUUCUUUGAACGACCCAUUCAUCGUGCGUAGGCAAACUAGGCAGCCGCCUGGCGCCUUGGAAAGUACGGACAAAGAAAUUUUAAAAAAUAGAAAAGACGAGAAAAACUUGGAUCAGAUUUCAAACAUAGUAGACCACUAGGACUCUAUGUUUACUAGUCUAAGUCUGUCUCUUCUACGGAUAUUGAAUCUCAGUUAUUUUUCAAUUUAAAUAUAUACGGCCAGGUUUUUUUUUAAAUUGCGUAAUUUUAUUUUGUAUCUGUUUCUUUUUUUUAUUUUCAUUCGGGGCCUCCAAAUUCACUUCGCCUAGGCCCCUAAUUACCCAAGGCCGGCCAUGCUUCACAGUAUUGAGGAGUUCCUCCUUUUGACCAGCGAGAGUGCUGACUAAAUAGAUGUAAAAUAUCUCAGAAACAAAAUACUUGACAGAUUAAAAUAUCAGAGUGCGAACAGAGACGCUGUCAUUCGCGAUGAUUCGGUCAUUGUCUACUGUUUGGAUCUAAUUCAUUAGAUUACGUAUGUGCUACCUAAAUAUGCUACCUAAAUAUAAGGAGCAUGUGAUAGUCUGUCGAUGACACUUGAGAGAUGUAAUGUCUAGAUGUCUCUAACAUUUGGUGAAUAGAGAUGAUCCGAGGAUUAGAAGGCUAUACACGGCGAUGUUGCUAGUACCGGAAGCCUUAGCUCUGCUUGACGUCAGCGAUUUAAACGCCGUUUAUUUUUUUUUAUAAGGCUUCCCAUAGUGCCUUCUUUCUUUAAUGACGUCAAGCAUAAAUAGUUUAAUAAGUUUCAUUGUAUCCUUCUCUCUCUCUCUCUCUCUCUCUCUCUCUCUCUCUCUCAUCUCUUUACCUCAAAGAAAAUAAGGUUAUAUUCUAUCUGUUUUUACUAUUUCUCUCUCUCUCUCUCUCACUCCCUGACUCUCUCUCUCUCUCUCUCGCUCUUUUUUCUCUUGCCAUCUCUUUUCCUCAGAAAAAAAUCCCUCUCUCUCUCUCUUUUUCACUCUCUUACUUUCAAAAUUUCUGAUUUAUUAACAUCUCUAUUUCGUAAAAUUACAGUAGGCCCUACUAUUAAUGAUUAAAACAUUGAAUGUAUAAAAAAAAAAGUUUAGGCCUAGUAAAAAAAAUAUAUAUAUAUUAAAACCUGGAUAUUAGUAUUAGUAAAGAUACCCGUAUAUUUAAAGAAUGCUUGGGAAAUAUGGCUUUUAAAGAGCUCAAUAAAUAUAAAGACACACGGGCCUCCUAAGUAGGCUUACAAAAUAAAAAUACACCCGGAUCUCUUGAUAGACCUUUUAGAGGCCGUUCUCUCCAAUGUAGUCUAACCGAAAUGUAGACUUUAUUAAAAGAACGUGACUUAAUCUCAAUAGUUCAAUCAUAUUCCAGGACUUUCGGAGUAAUAGAUUUUAAAGAUAUGAACGGGUGGGGGUCGCCGCAUAGUUGGGAAUUUUUAAAAAGGGCCCUAGAAUUUAAAAGAUUGAGAACAGCUGGUGUAGUUUUUUUUUUUUUUUUUUUUUUACGAAUUCUCCAUAAGAUUGAUCUUGGGUGCAGCAAUAAAACAUUUAUUUUCAACAAUGAACAAACCUUACUAGAAUCAGGUUCGAAGCUAACAAAAUAAAGUAAUGCCAAGCAAAUUUCUGCUCAUAACUGACGAACUGUACACUGUUAAAAGAUAACCACAUUAACACAUUUUAGGGAGAACACUAAAGUUAUCUGCCUUUGUUCUUUUGUACAUGAUUAUGUUAUUUGUAUCUUGUCACUGUGUCAACAGGCACGACAACAAAAAAUAUAAUAAAAUAAAACAAAAACACAGGACUUCAUAGAUCUGCAGUCGACGCACUGAAGCAUAUAAUAUAUUUAUGUUAAUGUAUGCAAUCUACCGAGUCUUCUUCUGUUUAAGAUUGAGCUUCUGUAACUCUUUAAGGGAAUCACACAUCUGUGACAGCUGCAAUCAGACUACGUAGUAUGCAUCUUUUCAACUGACUUUCUAUUACGGGUAGCCACGUGUUAUGACAAUAUGUACUGAGAAAACUCAAUGAUCAAUAUUCGCAAGGCAGCUUAUAACUCUGAAAAAAACAACAACAUAUUUUUCUCUACAUAUUAAGGUAUUCAUAAGAGCUAAUAUUGAAUUCUCCCACACCCAUGUUUUAAAAGCUAUUCGGAAGCUUAUUUUUUUUUUGUUUAUGUUCCUUUAAAAACAAAACAAAGGAAACAAAUGUGUUUUUCUUAUAUAUAAGUAUCUUGAUAUAAAGGAAGAACGAUCCGUUAGAGUAGAAUGUUCAACUGAUAUACGUUUUAGAGAGUCAAGCUGUGCAAUCUUUAUGUUGAUGAUGAACUUGUUCAUGCAAUUAUUCUGGUUUAUGUUCAUGCAGCAAAUAAAAGACAAAAAAAAAAAACUUUUUCAGUUGAAAUAUUGUUUCGUGAUAAUAGACAUUGGACAAUUCUAAUUUUGUACGUUUUUUUUUUUUUUUUUUGGUUUCCAUCUCGGGUACCCAUUAAACUCCAUUCUUGUUUCUAAUGUCUGGUUAAUGUUUCCGGUUUCUUCCAGAUGUUCUGCAAAAAUGAACACUCCCCACUCACAUAUUUUUUUUUUAUUCCAAUAACAAAUAUGCUAGGAAAAUAGUACAUUUACCAAUGUGAUUAAAUAAUAUCAUUUUAAGAUGUAAAUGAGGUAUGUUGUCAUUGUGAUGCUAUUUGUAAUAACGAGGACCCCCCCACCCCCCCCCGCAAAAAAACAAAGAAGAGACUUUGCAAUAUGCAGAGCUUUUGAGUUUGUCAUAUUAAAAACAGUAUAGGUUUUUUUUUUUUUGCAAGAAUAUCAGUGAACUACGGAUGAAGUUUCGGUAAUGUUAAAUUUAAGUUUUAAUAUAGUCAUUUUCUUAAGAAAUUUUUAAAACUAUGUUGAUUUCUCUUGUUAAUUUAAAGCAUUGUUAAAUUUCUAAUUUAGAUUGUGAUUCAAAGUUAUAAGAGUGUUAAUGCAGUAAUCAUUUUUUUGGUGCUAGAAAUAUUAUUGUGGUUGUUUAAAUGUUUAAAUGUAUAAAUAACUUCCAAUGGUUGUCCAUUCCCAGAGAAACAUUUAUGUUUUGUAGUCAUUCGUAACUUUUUUUUUUAGUCAUGGAAUUUUUCAUCUUUAAGUGAUUUUGGAGUUUUGAUGUCGAUUUUCAAAAAAUCUUCUAUUGGAACGGUGAAACAUAACAAAUCGGAUUCCUGAUAGUCUUUAGUCUAUAGACUCAAAAAAUUGAAAAAAAGAUGCAAAAUAGCAAUGAUUGUAGAUGAAGAUUUGGGCUAUUAAAAUGAUGUUCGAAAUGAGCCGUUUCAGACUUGAAAAAACCACAGGCUUUGGGGCCCUUUUUUGAGGCCCAUUACAUUUCCUGAUACUACAUAUAUGUCCUAAAUAUUUCUUGGGGGUCCUAUAGCUUAAGUUGUCUGUAGAUAAAUCCGGCCCUGGAAAUGACAUAAGCAAUGAGUACUAAGCAUAUAUGGUGUUAGUUAUGUUUUGCUAAUGAUGUUUAUAUGAUCAUUUAGACAUAUUUAUAUACUAGGCAAACUUGUGUGUCACGUAUGGAUGAUAUAUGAAUAAAUAGCCUUAAUGAUAGAAUCCAAAUGGUGACUUGUAAAUAAACCGACGUCAGUCAGUGUGUAUUUGUUUUGUGAUAUUUAUUUUUUACAAUGAUUCUGUUGUUGUUGUUUUUUUUUUAUUUAGCUCUGCUAACAUAUUCUAGUCUGCUAAUGUAACAAAUGAAUACAGUUCUCUCAAUCGCCCCCUCCCCCGACUGCUACAGAAGUGUGUUCAAAAUGUUCAAGCUCAUGUUUAGAUAUAAACAAAACAAAA